AUGUCGACGUCGUCGCGGAAGGCGUUGGUGUUCGUCGUGACGUUUGUCAGCUACGGUCUCUACCAUGCGAGUCGUAAAUCGCUGUCCGGAGUGAAAUCGUCGAUAAAAGCCGACUGGUUGAGUAACACGUCCGCCCAUCCACCGCUAUUCACCUCAGAAGCCGAUGCCAAGCACUUUUUGGGAUCUCUGGAUGCCAUUUUCAUGGCUGCCUACGCCGCGGCAUUGUUCUUCUGGGGAUGGUUGGGGGAUCGGUUGAAUCCGAAGUUGGUGGUGGCCGCAGGAAUGAUUGGAUCCGCGAUUACGCUCACUCUAUUUGGAACAAUCCCCAAGUGGCUGAAUUUCUACCACGUCCCCUACUACAUCAUCACCUACAUUGCCUUCGGCCUCGUUCAAGCUUGCGGUUGGCCCAGUGAAAUCGCCAUAAUGGCCAAUUGGUUCGGAAAAGGGAAUCGUGGAUUCGUGAUGGGUGUGUGGGCGGCUUGUCAGCCAGUUGGCAACAUAUUCGGAUCGAUUUUCACUGCGAUGGUGCUGCCAUUGGGAUACGAAUACACGUUUUUGCUGAAUUCAGUGAUGAUUGCGAUUGGAGCAGUUGUUGUGGUGAUGGCUAUCGAUUCGACGCCAAAUGAGGAGCAUGAAGCUGGUGUGGAGGCUAAUAGCAAUGAACCCCAUCACAAUUUCCACGGAGAACCAAUCUCGCUAUUCAAAGCCGUUCUGCUGCCCGGCGUCCUGGCAUACUGUAUCUGCAACGCCUGUCUGAAGCUUGUGAACUACGCGUUCUUCUUCUGGCUUCCACUAUACUUGACUGACGCCUACAAUUGGGAAGAAUCACAAGCGGAUCAGUUGAGCAUCUGGUACGAUUUUGGAGGAAUUAUUGGAAGUGUCCUUGGUGGAUAUAUUACGGAUAAAAUGGGCAAACGAUCGCCACUGAUCGUCGCGAUGCUCGUCUGCUCCAUCGGCUGCCUCUAUUUCUACGCCCACGUCGGCCCGUACAUGUUCUGGAAUGCCCUGGUGAUGACUACUGUAGGAGUUACAGUAUCCGGACCCUACAACCUAAUCGUCGGAUCGAUUUCCAUCGAUUUGGGAUCACAACCGGCACUGGCUGGCAACACUCAAGCCAUGUCUACAGUAUCCGGGCUGUUGGAUGGUACUGGAUCGGCAGGAUCGGCGAUUGGACAAUUGCUCAUCCCAAUUAUUCAGGACGAUCUGGGAUGGAAGGCCGUGUUCUAUGUGUUUAUGUUGCUGAACGGAUUCGCGAUUCUGGCCAUUCUGAAACGCUGCAUCAUCGAUUUGAAAUCGCUUAGGAAAUUGCGAAGUGGCGAAGAAUCUCCGCUUCUCAACGACGAUGGAAAUCAACACGAAGACUAA